GAAGAAGAUUAGCUAGUGUAUGGCAAGCUAGCUAGCCUAUGAUGGCUGCAUAGGUAACGUAUGCUAACAGCUAAUAAUCUGGGAUAAAGGGAAUUUUUAAAGCAUUUCAAAUACAAUAACAUAUUUGAAAUGCUGAUUUACGGCGAGUGUUAAUUAUCUAUGAUUCGGGAAAUUGCCUUUUGGCCCGUCAGAACGUUGGCUGGGCUUAAACUUGUUGGAUGAUUCACCUGAAUGAGCUGCUAAAGGGCUGCGAGUCCGCGGCGCUUGGGUGAUCCGCAGCCAGGGAUCACCGUGGUCUGAGAGAGGGUAACGCCGAGCAACGGGCUCGUGGGACGCUUUCACCAACGGUUCACGGCACCAAAACAUCUGCUGGACAUGUCACACACGGGACCUCCUCCUCGGUGGCGGAACUGCCCGAGAAGAGGUCAGCCUGUGGCAGGUAAAUUUCUUCCAAUGAAAACAAUGUUGGGCCCCAGAUAUGAUGAGCAAGUCGCAGAGGAGAACCGAUUUCACCCGAGCAUGCUGUCCAACUAUUUAAAAAGUCUUAAGGUGAAAAUGGGCUUACUUGUGGAUUUGACCAACACUACUCGUUUUUACGACCGCAACGACAUCGAGAAAGACGGCGUAAAAUACGUGAAGCUUCAGUGUAAAGGACAUGGAGAGUGUCCUGGAAAAGAGACAACUGCCAUGUUCAUCAGGCUGUGUGAGCACUUCAUGGAGAAGAAUCCUACAGAGUUGAUAGGGGUUCACUGUACGCAUGGCUUUAACCGAACAGGCUUUCUCAUAUGCGCAUAUCUGGUGGAGAAGAUGGACUGGAGCAUUGAGGCAGCCGUGGCUGCCUUCGCUCAGGCCCGGGCCCCAGGGAUCUACAAGGGAGACUACCUCAAAGAGCUUUUUCGUCGUUAUGGCGACGAGGAGGACACGCCUCCUGCCCCAGCGCUGCCUGAGUGGUGCUUCGAUGAUGACAAUGACGGGGAUAUGGACGACGACGGCAACGCAGUCGGCCAGGACUCGGGUCCCAGCUCCUCUGGGUCAGCGCCGGGAAAACGAAAGAAGGAGAAAAUAAAAUUGGGCGCGGUGUUCCUUGAAGGCAUCACGGUGAGGGGCGUCACGCAGGUCACCACACAGCCCAAACUAGGCGACAUCCAAAGAAUGUGUCAAGAGAUGGCCGAGUGGGACAAGUCUGGUUUUCCUGGGGCUCAGCCUGUGUCCAUGGAUCGACAAAACCUUCGCUUCCUGGAGCAGAAUCCGUACAAAGUCAGUUGGAAAGCUGACGGCACACGGUACAUGAUGCUGAUCAAUGGAAAGAACGAGGUGUUCAUGAUCGACAGAGACAACACUAUCUUCCACAUAGCCAGCCUGGAGUUUCCUUUUCGGAAGGAUCCCCGCGUCCACUUAUCAAACACUCUGCUGGAUGGGGAGAUGAUCAUCGACAAGGUGAAUGGUCAGCCGGUCCCCCGCUAUUUGAUAUACGAUAUCAUCAAAUUCAACGGACAGCCUGUUGGCCAGUGUGAUUUCAAUAUCCGGCUGUUGUGUAUAGAAAAGGAGAUAAUUCAUCCUCGCCUGGAAAAGAUGAAGACUGGACAGAUCGACAAAACCAAGGAGCCCUUCAGCGUCCGCAACAAGCCCUUCUUCGACAUUCACGCCGCACGAAAGCUCCUCGAAGGCAGCUUCACAUCCCAGGUCAGCCACGAGGUCGAUGGCCUUAUCUUCCAGCCGUGUGGGAGGUACAGAGCUGGGAGAUGUGAUGACAUCCUCAAGUGGAAGCCCCCCAAUCUCAACUCUGUUGACUUCCGUCUCAAGAUCACCAAAGUCGGAGGAGAAGGGCUGCUUACACAGACUGUCGGCUUGCUGUACGUUGGCAACUACGACAGGCCCUUCGCAAAGAUGAAGGCCACGAAGGAGCUGAAGCAGUACGACAACAAGAUCAUCGAGUGCACGUUCGCCAACGACAGCUGGGUGUUCAUGAGGCAGAGGGUGGACAAGAGCUUCCCCAACUCCUACGACACGGCCAUGGCUGUCUGUAAGAGCAUCCAGGAGCCCGUCACCAAGGAAAUCCUGCUGGAGUAUCUGGACCGAUCCGCUCAGGGAGUCCAAGCCCAGAACCGGAAGCACCCGCCCGACCCAGACUCUGAGCUCAUGCCCCCUCCCCCUCCAAAGAGGCCCAACCGGGCCAUCCCAUAGCCCGCAGCCGGGCACCCUGGACUGCUCUGCAGUUACUGUGUGCAUCCAUAUCACCAGCCACAUCUACACUCUGACAGAUAUUUAAGGAGGAACAGACAUUUCCAGGCUUUCUGACCCUCGGCACAUUUGCUUUAUCGACCUGUACAUGUACAGUAAGGACCUUAAACCGAUGCCUGAACGUCCUUUAUUUUCCCUGUAGACUUGUUUGUAGCUUUAAUUUGCUGUGUUCUUAUUAAAAUGAAAAACACACUGCUUAGGUUUUUUUUUUUGUUUUUCGAUUUGCUAUUUAUCUUUUUUAAAGCGUGAACUAAUUGAUGUUUGUCAACAGGGACAUUGUUAUGAACCCCGACAAUGUAAAACCCUGUUCAUGUUCUGUCGACUGGUUCCUUUAAUUGUAACAAAGGAGGAGUAAACGCAAUGAAGGCUCA